UCGAUUUUGUAGUUUAACUGUUAAAUAUGGCGUCAUGUUACGGUGUCUUGAAAAUCUGUGUGUUUUAAUUUUCACAAAUUAACAACAGGAUGUCACAGACAACAAGUGAAAUACCUAGAUUUAUACAAACAAGUGAUGAUAUUGACCAGACUUCUCCCAUGAUUAAGAAAGAAGCCCAAGAUGAGAUGCCAACAUCCUCAGUCCCGCUUUCUGUGUCCUUACCUGCAAUGCCCAUUCAGUUGGGUCUACCUGUUGAAGGAACCUUAAAACAAAGGAUCAGCCAGAUUUUACCUCCACAGAAUCAAAGCUUAGUCCAGGAAACCAGAAGAACAUCAUCAAGAUCUAUCAAGCGCAAGAAAUUUGAUGAUGAGGUAGUGGAAAGCAGUUUGAUUAAAACAGAAAGAGGAAGAGUCACAAAGCUGCCAACUGUUACACAGGUGUUAGAAAAAAUAGAACCAGUUGAAAAAGAACUACCCCCUGCUCCACCACCCGAAAAGAAAAAGGUUUCCAAGUCCGUUAAUUCAGCGACUAAAAGAACAAAGAAGCAGAAGCCUCCUGCACCAGCUUCAACAAAGGAUCUGGGAAGAUGGAAAGCUCAAGAUGAUUUGGCACUAAUUACAGCUGUUCAACAGACAAAUGACUUGACAGCCGUACAUUUAGGUUUGAAGUUCUCGUGUAGAUUUAGUCUCAAAGAAAUUCAGGAGAGAUGGUAUGCUUUGCUGUAUGACCCUAUAAUAUCCAAGUUAGCAGUACAGGCCAUGAAUCAGCUCCAUCCGGACAUCAUUGCUGAAGUCCAGUCCAAAGCUCUCUACAGUAAGGAAGAGGAGUCUUUGCUGGGAACAAUCUCAUCUACAAGUCAGCCAACAGUGGAAAUUUUCCAAGAUCUCCUGGAACAGAAUCCAGACAGUUUUUACCCCUUGCGGACCGCCAAGGCAUUACACAAUCACUGGUUACUGCUGAAGCAGUACCACCUCCUUCCCGACCAAUCAGUUCAACCCAUUCCUCGUGGUGAUCAUGUGCUGAAUUUCUCUGAUGCUGAGGAGAUGAUGAAUGAUGAUGACCUGAAAGAUACCAAAGAUGAUGUGCUUGAACAAGAACUUUCUGUUGCUGACAGAAGGAAUAAGAAUGAAAUUCGUCACUUAGAACAAGAGCUUCCAAAAUGGCAGGUUUUGGUGGAUAGUGUUACGGGAAUCAGUCCCCAGGACUUUGACAAUCAGACUCUGGCAGUACUUCGAGGAAGACUUGUCCGGUACCUCAUGAGAUCUAAGGAGAUAACAUUAGGGAGAGCCACCAAGGACAAUCAAAUAGAUGUAGACUUGUCCCUCGAGGGACCAGCCUGGAAAAUAUCACGUCGACAAGGCAUCAUCAAACUCCGAAAUAAUGGAGAUUUCUUCAUUGCAAAUGAGGGAAAGCGUCCUUUCUAUGUCGAUGGUAAAGCCAUAUUGGCUGGAAACAAACAGAAACUGAACAAUAACUCGGUUGUGGAGAUCUCAUGCCUUCGUUUCAUCUUCCUGAUAAAUCAAGAUCUGAUUAAUGUGAUACGUGCUGAGUCUCAAAAACUCAUUCCAACCUGAGGCUGAAGACAUCAAGUCCCGUCAUGCCUUGUGUAAAUGUUCGGUAAUAAAUGUGAUCAAACUGACGUCGCUGGCAGACGUGAGCAAGGCAGAAGAUUCAUAAUUUUGUACCUUGCUUUCGUGAAACUGCAGGGAUAGUAAGCCGUGCCCAUCCAUCAGUGGAUCUGUCUGAUAACUUUAGCCUAGUUGACAACAUUGCAAAAACUUUUAGUUCAGUCUCAAUAUCUGGCAUGUACUAUUCCUUGUAACAAUAACUAAUGCUUGGUAUUCUGUGAAUUGUCUGUUUAGACCCUUUUUAAUAGAGGCAUUUUCAUAUUAUAUAUGCUAGCUAUGUAAUGACAACAUUGCAUAGAAGGGUCAACCAAUGUAAACCUGGUUUUUGGUAUAUGCUAUUCUGUGUUCAUGACACAUGUUACGUUGAUAAAAUCCAAGUUGUGUUGAUUAAAAGAAUGAAUUGUU